UUCUCUCCGAUUUCCAAUCAGACUUACCAUAGAAAUGAAAAUGGCGGCCGACGCUACCGAAAACGUUGAAGAAGCACCAGUUGGGUUUUGUUGUGAAGAGUUCAAAGAAGUAGAGGUGGUGAAAGGGUUAAUAAGCAACCUUCCAGAUAUAUACACGGAUCAAGUCGCUGUUGAAACGUCUAUCGAGCGGUUUACAUUUAUCAUUGAUAUUUAUCAAGAGCAGCCUCAUCUUAUUGAUCCUCAUCUUGAGUACAUCAUAAAUGAGCUGUUAAAAGUUGGAAGGAAUGUCAACUCUCCCCCAGCACUGCAGCAUCUGGCCUUUAAAUUUCUCUAUCUUGUAACAAAGUUGCGUGGAGCCAAGGUGGUUGUUAGAUUGUUUCCUCAUGAAGUUGUCGAUGUGGAACCAGUGCUUGCUCUAAUUUCGCAACAGGAUCCAAAGAAUUUUGAGGCAUGGGAAUCACGUUACAUCUUGUUGCUAUGGUUAUCAGUGGCCUGCAUGAUACCUUUUGACCUUGUUAGACUGGACAGUAAUGUUAUUCAGGAGAGUGGUGACAGCAAAUUGCCUGUCAUGGAUAGAAUAUAUAAUGUUGCUAAGCAAUACCUUACUGUUGCUGACAAAUCUCGUGAUGCAGCGGCCUACCUUAUGUCACGUUUUAUGACUCGCCCUGACGUAAAGAAAAGGAAACUGCCAGAAUUCCUUGAUUGGGCAAUGAAAUAUAUUGAAACAGCUGAUUAUUCUACAAUGAUGGGAGCAGUCAGUUUAAGUGGUGUGUUAGCAACUCUAGGACUUAUUUUCAAACAUGGCAAAAGAGAAGAUCUUUUACAAUAUGCACCGACAGUUCUGGAGAAAGUUCACAGUUUAGAUCUGAGUGGCAGUAAUAACUCUGUACUCAGAAAAUAUGGGGUCAAGGUCAUACAGAGGCUGGGGCUAACAUUCCUGAAAAGUAGAGUAGCUAAAUGGAGGUACCAGAGAGGAAGCAGGUCCCUAGCUGACAAUCUGAAGCUAAGUAAAGAAGCUGUCUCACAGAGAAUAACUAUGUCCAAUACAGCACAAACUGGAGAUGGGGACGAUGAUGAUGAAGAAUAUGAUAUUCCUGAUGAAAUAGAGGAAGUUAUCGGUAAGGAGAUUUUCUUCCUUAAAACAUAAAGCACCAUAGUGAGGUGGUCGCUGCAAAGGGGUGUUGGCCGUAUCACAGGCAGAUUGCCCCAAGAACUAGCAGAUGAGGUGGUCGGGUCAUUGAUGGACCUUUUCAAUCUUCAAGAAUCUGAUGGUGCCUGGCAUGGAGGAUGUUUAGCUCUAGCAGAACUUGGUAGAAGAGGUUUGUUACUGCCUCAGAGACUCUCAGAUGUGGUACCUGUAGUGUUGAAAGCUCUGGCCUACGACGAAAGGCGAGGAAGUUUCUCGGUCGGAGCUCAUGUUAGAGAUGCUGCAUGUUACGUAUGCUGGGCAUUUGCAAGGGCCUAUGAGCCACAAGACAUUACUCCUUAUGUUAACAAGAUUGCAAGCUCACUGGUAAUUGCUUCAAUAUUUGAUCGUGAAGUGAAUGUGAGAAGGGCAGCUGCAGCAGCAUUCCAGGAAAAUGUUGGUAGGCAGGGAACCUUCCCACAUGGUAUAGAAAUCCUUACAACAGCCGACUACUUUGCUGUAGGGAACCGGACACAUUGCUAUCUAGAUCUGAGCGUGUUUGUUGCCCAGUUUCCACAGUACACCGAUGCAUUGAUAGAUCAUUUAGCAGACGUUAAAGUUCAUCACUGGGACAGUGCAAUAAGAGAAUUAACUGCUAAAGCUCUACAUAACUUGACUGAGAAAUCCCCACAGCAUAUGACACAAUCAGUUCUGCCAAAAUUGUUACCACAUACAACAUGUAUGGAUCUACAAACAAGACAUGGAUCUAUUCUGUCUGUGGCAGAAAUUGUGUAUGCUUUGAGUCAAAUAGCUGUCAAAGAAGGAAGGAAUAUAACAGACAUUCUAACACAAGAUGUUUUGGACACAAUAAAGGAAAUUGCUAUCAAACUGAAUGAUGCCAAGUUAUUUCGAGGGUUUGGCGGAGAGUUAAUGAGGAAAGCUGUGAGCUGUCUGAUAGAGAGGGUUUCCCUGUCAAAGUUUCCCUAUCAUAAUGAUCAAGUUAUAGAUGUGUGGCAGGAGAUACUGGAUGACUGUUUAAAUCAUAUAGAACCCGAUAUACAAAUGGCUGCAGUCAGUGCUUUACCAGCUUUCUUCAAGGAAUAUUACAGAAAUUCUAACGAUGUGGCUGAUCCUAAAAGGCAAGAAAUGGUGAUUGAAAAGUACCUACGACAGCUGAGAGCCUCAUUAGAAGUAACAAGGCAAGGUCAUUCAUUAGCCCUUGGUGCACUACCACAGAUGAUGUUAGUGGGGAAACUACGGCCAGUUCUAGCAGGUCUUAUACAGGCCACACAGAUCACACAGAAGGAGGAAACGUGGGCAGAGGCUAGAAGAGACGCCCUCAAAGCAAUGACAUGUGUUUGUACUACAGUUGGUGUUCAUAAAGAUGGGGAUCAGAAUAGAACUCUAUGUGCAGCCAAUAUAGGUCAGGUAUAUGAGGCAUUUCUGUGUGCAUUGAAGGACUACACACUGGACAGCAGAGGGGAUGUGGGUGCAUGGGUGAGAGAAGCCAGUAUGAGUGGUCUUCUAGAAGUUACAUCACUCACUGUUCAAAACAGUCCUGACCUCUUACAACCUGUUGUAUGUGAACACAUGAUAAAAUCCCUGAUACAACAGUCGUGUGAGAAGAUUGAUAGGACAAGAGCUCAUGCUGGGAAUGUGUUCGCUUCACUGCUCUAUCAUAGUCCUCCCGUACCACAUAUACCUGAAAGAGAACAUCUACAGGCUGUGUUUCCAAGGGAGGAGAUUUCAAAAAUAAACUGGGCUGCACCAGGUGAUACAUUUCCCAGAUUUACUCAACUUCUUCAGUAUCCGUCAUAUACCUAUAGUGUAUUGCUUGGUCUUACUGUCAGUGUAGGAGGUCUGACAGAGUCACUGGUGAAGCAUUCAAAUGCAUCGCUACAAAGGUACCUUAGGGGUAUCAGUAAAGAUAUCAAAGAAUUAACUAGAAUUACAUCAACACUUACACAGAUAUUUAAAGACCACCAGAAAGUGGAUAGGGUAUCACUGCCUAUGUUGAAGAUGUUAGACCAGUUGCUGUCUACAGGUUGUUUUGAUGCUUUAAUAGAAGAGGAAAGUCAUCCAUUUCCACUGGAAGUGUAUCAGCUUGUGAAAGCAGAAAUUCAGAAAAGUGGAGAUCCUCAGAAACUGCUGGCCAGUGCAGAUGUUUACUGCGGUUUGUUACAAUUUCCUGGUGAUGUAAGAAAGAAAAGUCUCAUGUCUCUUUGUAUUUUCCUUUGUCACAGAUUCCCUAGGAUCCGUAAGACAACAGCAAACAAGUUUUAUGAAGUUCUCGUCACUUAUGAUAUUGCUCCAGCUGAAAAUUUAGAUGAACUCAUGACUAUACUUAGCGAAACAAUCUGGGACAAUGAAAUAGAACAAAUACGACCAAUUAGGAAUAAUAUCUGUAACCUGCUGGAUGUUCCAGUUCCUGUUCCUUUGAAAAAGAAGGAAGCAAGUUGACCUGCCUCAGUUGAUUGAAAAAAACAACAGUUAGACAGAUUUGAUACAGUUUAGAAAUUAUUUCAUACAGUUCAUUAUGAUGUAAACAAGUACACACUGUUGUUCAAAUCCAAGAGGAUGGAAUAGUUUUAAAUUACUGGAUAUUUGUAAAGAUAAAAAGCAUAGGUCAAUCAACCAGUGACUUUAGUGUUUUAUUUAAUUGUAACUGUCCUAGAGACUAUUUAGAAGUCAACAUAAAUGUUCAGUUUUUUUAUGCAGAAACUUUUAUUAUGGUCAUAUAAUAUUAUGCUUUUUCACUACUUAUUAAACUUCAGUAUAAUUUAUUGAUUGUAGUACCAUUAUGGUGCCCGAUACAUUAUAAGUUUCUCACUUGGAGUAUCUUUUUUGUUCCCCUCCCCCUAUUUUGCUGUUGACCUUAAAGCAGAUUUCCAUUUUCUGAAAGUUUAUUUGAUUCUUGCAUAUUGAUUGUAAUAAGGAUUUAUUAAUUGCAGCACUGAAUUACAAGCUUGCAAAGUAACUCGGAAUAUUAUAUGUCAAGAACUUGUAAGAACCCAUAUUUGUCAGAUUUUUUAAGACAUUUUUUAAUGCAUGUUUUUUUCUCUGUUAAAGGAUUACAAUACCUUAGAUGUACACAUAAGAUAAACAGACUUUACUGGAAACAAAUUACAGGAAAGCCUCAUUUAAUGGCACCUCCCUGAAGCAUACAUCUACAUGGAGUGUACACCUCCCUAAAGCAUGUACACUUCCCUAUAGCAUUUCCUUUCUUGAAAUAUACACCUGCCUGGAGUGUACACCUCGCUGAAAAGUAUGUCCUGGAGUAUACACCACCCUUGAGCAUUUACAUUCUUGGAGCACACACCUCCAAUUAUAGUCUUUCUUUGAACUUACACUUCUGUGGAGCAUACUAGUAUACCUCCCAUGCGCUUACACCUCGUACAAAUAAAAUACUUCGUUUCCAGUUUCCAAUGAGAUAUUUUCUUAGUACAGUAUGUAAAUCGCUUCAGAGCAAAGCGGUCUGUAUAUGAAAGGUUUUUCAGUCUUCCUAGUAGUGUUCUUUCUAGAGAGGCUGCACUGUUUACGAGCCUCCUAACACUAUGUUUCUUGAAUGAUUUUGGAAUAGAUUUAGAUAAAGCAAGUUACAGGCCUGUGAUUUUUCAGGACUAGUCUAGAUUUUAGGUUUUGUACUGCUAGGAUUGCCGUAUAAAAAAGGACAUUACAGGCUUCAGAAAGUAGAUUUUCAGGCUUCCAGCCCUGGUCUAAGGUUAAUGCUUGAUUAUCCCUGCCAACCUUUAUAAAUCAGAUUGUUUUAAACAAUAUAUUAUUUAAAAUGUUGUAAGAAGUUUGGUAAUUUUGAGAAUUUUUCACUAUGGCUGAAGCUUCAUCUCUAGAAGUACAAUAUUAGUGGCAACAUGUGACUAAUUGUUUUAUUAAUUUUCAUAUACAUGUGCAUGAUUAUAUAAGCUGUGAUAAAUCAGUUUUACAUUUUAUGGUUUCUAUGCUUUCUUUGUAUUAGCAAACAAGUACUUUUUAGCUCACCUGUCACAAAGUGACCAGGUGAGCUUUUGUGAUCGCAUGGCGUCCGUCGUCCAUGUGUCCAGGCAUGCGUGCGUGCGUAAACAUUUGCUUGUGACCACUUGUAGAGGUCACAUUUUUCAUAGGAUCUUCAUGGAAGUUGGUCAGAAUGUUCAUCUUGAUGACAUCUAGGUCAAGUGCAAAACUGGGUCAUGUGCGGUCCAAAACUAGGUCAGAGGUCUAAAAAUGGAAAAUCCUUGUGACCCCUUUAGAGGCCAUAUUUUUCAAUGGAUCUUCAUGCAAAUUGGUCAGAAUGUUCACCUUGAUGAUACCUAGGUCAAGUUUGAAACUGGGUCACGUGCGGUCAAAAACUAGGUCAGUAGGUCUAAAAAUAGAGAAACCUUGUGACCUCUCUAGAGGCCAUACUUUUUAAUGGAUCUUCAUGAAAAUUGGUCAGAAUGUUCACCUUGAUGAUAUCUAGUUCAGGUUCAAAACUGGGUCACGUGCCAUCAAAAACAUAGGUCAUUAGGUCAAAUAAUAGAAAAACCUUGUGACCUCUCUAGAGGCCAUAUUUUUUAUGGGAUUUAUAUGAAAAAUGGUCUGAGUGUUCAUCUUGAUGAUAUCUAGGUCAGAUUUGAAACUGGGUCAACUGCGGUCAAAAACUAGGUCAGUAGGUCUAAAAAUAGAAAGACCUUUUUACCUCUCUAGAGGCCAUAUUUUUUCAAUAAAUCUUCAUGAAAAUUGGUCAGAAUGUUUACCUUGAUGAUAUCUAGGUCAAGUUCAAAACUGGGUCACGUGCGGUCAAAAACUAGGCCAGUAGGUCUAAAAAUAGAAAAACCUUGUGACCUAUCUAGAGGCCAUAUUUUUCAUUGGAUCUGUAUGAAAAAUGGUCCGAGUGUUCAUCUUGAUGAUAUCUAGGUCAAGUUUGAAACUGGGUCAACUGCGGUCAAAAACCAGGUCAGUAGGUCUAAAAAUAGAAAGACCUUUUUACCUCUCUAGAGGCCAUAUUUUUCGAUAAAUCUUCAUGAAAAUUGGUGAGAAUGUUCACCUUGGUGAUAUGUAGGCUAAUUUCAAAACUGGGUCACGUGCCUUCAAAAACUAGGUCAUUAGGUCAAAUAAUAGAAAUACCUUGUGACCUCUCUAGAUGGAUCUUCAUGAAAAUUGGUCAGAAUUUUUAUCUUGAUGUUAUCUAGGUUAAGUUCAAAACUGGGUCACAUGAGCUCAAACAUUAGGUCACUAUGUCAAAUAAUAGAAAAAACGACGUCAUACACAGUUCAAAACUGGGUCAUGUGGGGACACAUGUGAGCGAUUCAUGGUCCUCUUGUUUCAAUAAAAUAUGAUUUUUGAUAAUUGUUUAAAUAUAUGUGUAUCAUGUACUUUAAAUAAAAUUUGAGUUAAGCUCAGACAACUACCUCCA